UUAGCGAUGGGAGAACAACUUUCGAUCGAGCAGGAGACACUGCUUGGCCACGAUGUUCCUCAAAAACUGCAUCGCAGACACGCCCUGAGCUGGUUGUUCACGUCGUUACUGCUCCUCUCGAAUCUGGUGUUCGGUCUUGGCUGGGCUAUUACAUGGUUUCGAAUCGAUCACGCCCAGAAUCUUCGUUCAUCAUCGACACUUCCUUCGACCGCAAAGCAAGCAUUGCAUGAUAACAUUGCUUCUGUGCACAAGCUGCCUCAAAGGCCGGUCCAGUUCCACUGGUACACCAGGUACAGCUCCCUAAACUACACAGAAAGCGAAUCAGCUUGGAACGACAUCAAUACAGCGCACGGCUAUAUCGCUGUCGACCACGAAUAUGCAGAACAGAACAACUGGAGUCCGUCGAUGGCAGUUCCCGAAGACGGAGGGAAGGCCCUGUACCUGCUCGAAAGUUACCAUCAGCUCCACUGUCUGAAAAUUGUCCGGAAACUUUUUUUCGAGAGCCAGGCUGGACUUCCCUUGACGCUGCCUGUCCAGCAUGUCAGACACUGCUUCGAUGCUUUUCGGCAAUUCAUCAUGUGCCACGCGGACGCCACGCCCCUUUACACUCUUGGACACCAUACAAGCGGCGACGGACAGUGGCAUAUGUGCAAUGACUGGUCUGCACUACGCCAGUACGCCACUGAACGGUCGGCAUGUUUCCAUGACCGGGUUGGCCACGAGGCCGUAGAAGAUCAAUUUGGGGACUGUGAUGACGGAUCUGAUGGGUUAGUUGUCGAUGAGCCAGCCAUCGAUCUCAGUAGCAUAAUGCCAGGUUGA